GGACCAUGACGUCAUCCGGCGAGUUCUCUGACCAAACAUCGGCUACUUUUCCCCCUGUAAAGAGUUGGCAACACUAGUUAAGAAAAUUUGUCCGCCCAAUCUGGCAACCUGUUUUAUAACCAAUAGCGCGCGCGAGCAGGAGGAGUACUUAUAGCGGUGAGAUUUAAACGGUUGCCAUAGCGAUGCGCGGUGUAGCCAGUCGCGCGCUCUGACCGGAGCGAUGCCGCCGAUCCCGGGUCCGAGUGCUCAGGGAUGAUCCGCGUGCAGGGUGGCCGUGCAGGGUGAAGCGCAGGAUGCCUGGUCUGGAGCUCUUGCUGAUUGUAGCCGUGUGUCUGGUUCCUGUGGAGGAGUGCAGGAGUUACAGCGCAGCGCGUGAGAAACGCUGGACCGGAGCUGAGACCGAGAAGCGGGGAGUCCCUCUGGCGAAGAAGCCUCCAGAUGUGACCAAAUCCAGGAAGGUAAAAACAGAGCAGCUGCUCAGAGUGGAUGAUCAUGACUUCACCAUGAGACCAGCUUUUGGAGGUCCUGCUAUUCCUGUGGGCGUCGACGUCCAGGUCGAAAGCUUGGACAGUAUUUCAGAAGUAGAUAUGGACUUCACCAUGACCUUAUACCUCAGACACUACUGGAAGGACGAGCGUCUGUCCUUUGCCAGCACCACGAACAAAAGCAUGACUUUCGACGGACGCCUGGUGAAAAAGAUCUGGGUCCCUGAUGUGUUUUUUGUGCACUCGAAGAGAUCCUUCAUCCACGACACCACCACUGAGAACAUCAUGCUGAGAGUUUUCCCGGACGGCCAUGUUCUCUACAGUCUGAGAGUAACGGUAACCGCCGCCUGUAACAUGGACUUCAGUCGCUUCCCUCUGGACUCGCAGACCUGUUCUCUAGAGCUUGAGAGCUACGCUUACACAGACGAAGAUCUGAUGCUGUACUGGAAAAGCGGGGAUGAGUCUUUAAGCACAGAUGACAGGAUCUCGCUGUCUCAGUUCCUCAUCCAGAAGUUUCACACUACCUCUCGUCUGGCUUUCUACAGCAGCACAGGCUGGUACAACCGACUGUACAUCAACUUCACACUGCGGCGUCACAUCUUCUUCUUCCUGCUGCAGACGUAUUUUCCAGCCACCCUCAUGGUCAUGCUGUCCUGGGUGUCCUUCUGGAUCGAUCGCAGAGCCGUGCCAGCCCGAGUCUCCCUGGGUAUCACCACAGUGCUCACAAUGUCCACCAUCAUCACCGGCGUGAACGCGUCCAUGCCUCGUGUGUCCUACAUCAAAGCUGUGGACAUUUAUCUCUGGGUCAGCUUUGUGUUUGUUUUCCUCUCGGUGCUUGAGUACGCAGCAGUCAACUACCUUUCCACCGUCCAGGACAGGAGAGAGCGCAAACUCCGAGAGCGACUCCGAGCGCAGUCGUUGUCCUGCUCUUGUGGCUUGUCCCACACCAGGACCAUGAUGCUGGACGGGACAUGCAGUGAGGCUGACACCAACAGCCUGGCUGGAUACACCGAUGCUCCCAUGAUGCCUCAGGAGGUGGAGAAACGUGAGCACAUGGUGGUGCACCUAUCGGUCAGUAACGCCUCCACGGCUACCAAGAAGAAAGGCUUGCGCAACUUCAGCAUAGUCCAGAACACACACGUCAUCGACAAGUACUCGCGCAUGAUCUUUCCAGGAUCCUACAUCUUUUUCAACCUCAUAUACUGGUCUGUUUAUUGCUGAUGUCUGGGACAUGAAGACUCCAUGACCACAUCUGGUCGAUUUUUUGUGUUGACGUUUACGGACAACUUACCCUGGUCAGGUUUCACUCUUCAGAUGUAAACGAGAUGAAUUUGAACUGCAAAGUUGUCUUAUAUUUAUUAUACAUUUUCACGUCUGAUUUUUUUCCCCUGUUUCCUAUUUCCUCUAUUUUGUUUGUAUUCGUCUUUUUAGGUGCAGAAUCAAAAAUCCAAGGGGUGGAGCUAGACCCGCUCUAACUCCUCCCACAAACCAAAAAAAAUCCACUAUUCCCAACACACACUACAACACAAUUGCACUUAUCCAACGUAGAGGCUCAAAAGUGAUCUUUAUCUUCUCCCUCCGGGUGGGAGGAGCUAAAUCCGGCCCGACUCCGCCCCAUGAGCUUCGUUCUGCAUUGAUGCAUACGUCAUCUGAGGCCAAUAUCAAAUACAUAAAUGCUAGAAAAUUUAUUUAUUAAUCUUUUUUUUCUUUGAAGUGCCAGAAAUGAAGGAAAGACAUGAGACAAGCCAAGAUUUUUUAUUUAGAGACAUAGCUUAGCAUGAGGACUGAAUUAUUUGUAUGGAAUUGCUUCGAGUGAGCUGAAAUUAUAGCAGACAUGGGUUUGGUCAGCUUAUUCUUCAAACUAUAGGCACUUUUUUUUAAAAACAGAGUCUAAAUGCAUCGGAACAGCUCACGCAUUAUGAUUUAACCGCCUCGAUUUAGUAUCUUGGGGUUUUGGGAUGUUUUGGGGCACAACUAGGGGUCAGAGUGCAGUAAUAAAAGAUGUAAAAGAUAAGGAUAAAAUGCUAAAUAAUAAACUGAAAAAAAAAAGUUGGUCAUUUUAUUUUUUUAUUCUAAUACAUCGUACCAUUUCACUUGAAAUUUCACAUUUCAUUUGAAAUAUUUUGAUUUGAUUAUAAAAUCCCUGAACAGAAUUAAACUGAAUUAUUCCUAAAGAAAAUUAAAUAAAAAAUUUUUUUAAUUUAAUGUAAUUUUAUUCAAUUUAAUUUAAUUUAACUCAAAUUUAAUUUAAUUUAAUUAAAAUUAAAUUAAAUAAUUAAGACACAUCUUCAAUUAAGUUUAGAAUAAGCAACAAAAUCAUGUCAUAUUUUUAUGUAAACUAAAUUCUAAAUUCUAAUAAUCGGAAGUCACCCGAUUCUGAAUAAGAGGAACUUUUCACUUGUAAAUAUCAGUGUAACAUUUGGGAACUCUGAAUAGGUCUUAAAAAUAAUAAUAAGAGAAAUCCAGAGUCCAGCUGUAUGAACAUCCUAUAGGUUGCCAGAUCUUGUAAUAUUGUACAGUAUUUUUUUUUCUCCAGUGUAAAAUCACACACUUCUGAUCCACUCAUCAACCCACGACACCUGAGUCCACGGUUCGAGCUGCAACUGUAAACUCUUUUCAUUUGAUCUGAUCAUUUCUCUCCACCUCGCCAGGUGCUUAUCGUAUCUCUUGUGUUUGUAUCAGAUGUUGCCAGAGCCUUCGUGUAAAUGAUAGUUAGCGUAAGAGGUGGAUUAGUAGUAGUCGUUUUUUGUUAGUCUGCUUCUCUGCUGUGUUAUUUAUCACAUUUAAAGCUAAAUGGAUCGCUUAUACAUGUCACCGCGGACAGAUGUGUGCACUGCUGGAUUUGAUGUGUCGGUCGAUGUGUCUGUCUUUCUACGACGCUUUUCU